AUGGCUACUCCACUCCGAAACAUAGUCGUCGUCGGUGGCUCCUACGUGGGAAAAACCGCCGCGCAGGAACUGGCUCGUCGGAUGCCAGAUACGCAUCGUGUUCUCCUGGUCGAACCUCAUAGCCAUUUUCACCAUCUCUUCACAUUUCCUCGAUUCGCUGUGAUCCCUGGUCACGAACAUAAAGCCUUCAUCCCCUACACUGGCAUUUUCGCCAAUACCGGUCUCCACCACGCCGUUGUACAGGCCCGCGCUCUCUCCGUACAAUCUCACCAAGUCCAUCUAGAUCGCGAAUGGCAGGGAUCGAAAAACCUUCCCUUCGACUACCUUGUAGUAGCCACGGGGACAAGGCUUAUACCGCCUGGUGGGAUGACACGUGAUGAUAAGCUCUCCUCCGUGGACUAUCUACAGAAACACCAGGCAUAUGUGCGGCGUUCCCGGUCUAUCCUAAUUGCAGGCGGAGGCGCCGUAGGUGUGCAAAUGGCCACGGAUCUGAAGGAACGGUAUCCUGAUAAGGAAAUCACAGUGGCGCAGUCGCGCGCACAGCUGAUGCCAGGGUUCCAUGAGGAACUCCACCGGUUGGUGAAGGAUCGAUUCGACGAGUUGGGAAUUAAAUUCAUCACCGGCGCUCGCGUCGUCAUACCCGAGACUGGAUUCCCCACGAACGGACAAUCAUUCAAAGUCUCCCUUACAAACGGCACGCAGUUGACUACCGAUUUUGUGAUCCUCGCAACCGGUCAAAUCCCCAAUAACACACUGCUGCGCGAUCUGCCUUCCACAUCUACCUCUGAGUCCGUGAUCAACCCUGAUAACGGGUACAUUCGAAUUAAACCGACGAUGCAAUUCCUGGAUCCCCAGUAUUCGCAUCUCUUUGCGGUCGGGGAUAUCGCAGAUACCGGGUUGAGGAAAGCUGCUCGACCGGGUGCUGCACAGGCAGCUGUCGUGGCGCAGAAUAUCCAGGCGAUGAUUGAAGGACGGAGUCCUCACGAGGUGUUUCCUCGUAUGCCAGCCGCUAUUCAUCUUACGUUGGGCAUGAAAUAUAAUGUGAUUUUUAGAAACCCCAACGUGGACGAAGGACAGACUGGGCCGUCGGUUCUUAAACAAGAUAAUGGACAGGAAGAUAUGAAUGUGGAGGCAUUCUGGCAGCGACUUGGCGUGAAUAUCACCAACACCAAGGAGUAUCACCUGUAG